GUUUGCAGUUCACCCACAUACGCGUGUGGGUUAUAAACCGGGUCUCCGGAGCUGUGGGUGGGAAGCCGGGAAACUGGUCAACACCUUCUGCUGCCUGUAUGGCCAGCCGCUUCGUUCUAAUAGAAAACAUAAGGGAUAGUAGACCAGGCAAGAUGAGUGAGGCUGUCGAAGAGGAGGUGUUGCUGCCUCGACACAUCAAGUACGCGAAGAGAAUAAUGGGAGUCCUCCCUACUGAGACACAGGGCCUGGACACUAGCAGAAUGACUAUCCUGUUCUUUGGUGUGUCUGGACUGGAUGUGCUGGACGGACUGAGUGAGGUCAGCUGCCAGGACAAGGCAGACAUGGUGGACUGGAUAUACGCUCAGCAAAUAUUGCCCAACAAGUCUCAUAGCAACCUCUACCAGUGUGGUUUUAGAGGAGGCAGUUUUAUUGGCGCUCCCUACCAGCCAACCUCCAGUCAGAAUGAGGUGAACAUCUCCUACAAUACAAGCCACAUUGCCAUGACGUACACAGCAUUAGCCUCACUACUGGUGCUAGGUGAUGACCUCUCCCGUGUCAACAGAGAGGGUGUGUUAGCUGGAGUGAGACACCUUCAACAAAAGGACGGUAGCUUCUGCUCUACGGCCGAGGGUACAGAGAACGACAUGCGGUUUGUAUACUGUGCCUGCUGUGUCUGUUACAUGCUCAAUGAUUGGAAGGGAAUGGACGUCGUCAAGGCUGCAGAGUUUAUUAAAACCAGUCAGAGCUAUGAUCAUGGGAUAGCACAAGGACCAUUAUUGGAGUCUCAUGGAGGCUCUACAUUCUGUGCAAUUGCGUCUCUCUCAUUGAUGGGCAGGUUGGACUCCACCUUCUCACCUGCUGAGCUGGAGAGACUCAAGAAGUGGUGCAUUCGGAGACAGCAGACUGGCUUCAAUGGCCGUCCCAACAAACCCGUUGACACAUGCUACUCAUUCUGGGUUGGAGCUUCUUUGAAACUGCUUGGGAUUGGCUCUUUGGUGGACAGUGCUUGGAACAGACGCUACAUCCUCUCUACUCAGUGCAGCAUCACUGGAGGGUUCUCAAAAUGGCCAGAAUGUCAUCCUGACCCCCUGCAUACGUACCUGGGACUGUGUGGCCUGUCCCUCAAUGGAGAGAAGGGGGUGUGUCCCAUACACGCUGCACUCAACAUAUCGCAGAGGGCUGCAGACUGGCUAAAGACUCUACAUACAAACACCUAACUCUAUUAUUAUACAACAACUUUUUGUGCUAAAAUUUAAUCAGUUUUGAAUUAUUAUAAA